AUGUCUGGACCUUCAGCCCGUGAACAGGAUCGCGUUCGCAAGCCUACAAUUCGUCAAUUUAAAGAAUUUGAACUCGACUUACCAUAUCUUUCCCGACUUUCAGAAGAAAAAUUCGGCAAGAAACCUUUUGGAUGGCAAUUACAAGCGGCAUCUGCCAGUCUGCAAGGGAAAGACCUUAUUCUGGAUGUUGGAACUGGUAAUGGAAAGACUUUGGUGUUCAACCUACCACUUCUCCUUGACCCAAAAGACAUCAAUAUCACGGUGUCACCACUGUCUGCCCUCAUGAUAGAUCAGGCCAGCUCAUCAAUCCUGCCAACAGUUGCUGUUUGCAGUGAGACCAUUGCAAAAAUUGGUCGAGAGAAAAUGUUCAAUGCCAUCGUUGCUGGAGAAUAUCAACAAGUGAUUGUCUCACCUGAAAUCAUUACUUCACUGACAUUUCAUGCUGCUAUACUGUCCAAGAGCAACUUCACUUCUCGUUUAUGCACAGUUUGCAUUGACGAGGCUCAUUGUGUCAGCCUCUGGGGUGGUAGCUUUUGGAAAGACUAUGGAGAGCUUGGCUUUCUUCGUGGUGUGCUUCCCCCACAUGUCACACUGGCUAUCGCAUCGGCGACUUUGCCAGAGCACAUUCUUGAUGAUCUCCGCGGCAAGUUACAUCUCUCAAAAGAUGCACAUGUUGUUGGCUUGUCGAAUGACCGUCCAAAUGUUGCCCUCUCUUGUCGAACAAUGCAACACCCUGCAGAAUCCUUUGCAGACCUGCGUUUUCUCAUCCCGGAAGAUGCUUCUGCAAUUGAAGACAUUCCAAUUACACUUACAUAUUGUAAUGAACGAGGGACUGCUGAACAAGCAUAUGACAGUUUAUGUCACUGGGCAGUUGAUGCAGGCUUUGAAGAUCCCUCAAGUUUUAUUGUGUUCUAUCAUGCGAAAAUUGGAACGGAAAGAAAGCAUCUGAUAGUUGAGGGGUUACGUGAUGGAAGCAUCCGAAUUGGGAUAUGCACUGAGGCACUCGGAAUGGGAUGUGAUAUGCGCAACAUCAAGAGGGUGCUUCUGUGGGGCCUACCACCAUCAUUCUGUGCACUAGCUCAGCGUGCAGGUAGAGCAGGGCGAGAUUUUGCAACAGAUGCAGAAGCCAUUUUAAUCGUGUCCCCAACAACACUCAAGGAGGGAUUAUCUAAGGCUGAUAUUGAAGAAGGCCUGCAGAGAGUUCUACAAUCAGACAAGAGUGAAAAUCGAAAUGAGGAGGACACAACGGAUUUGGCUGCUGCCGAAGUGCAACUCACCAAAGGCAACGAGACCAUCUCCAUUGAGGAGGUUGGUGUUCGUCUUGGCCACGACAGUGGAGAAGAGGAUGCACCCACCUCAUCUACAUUGAAAAAAACGAGAUGGAAACAUACUGCACAAGACUUUAAUUCACGCGAGGUAAAGUUCUUGAAUCUCUUUGUCGCCGGCCGACAAUGCCGGCGCAAAAUCUGGGAUGACUUCUUUUCUAAUGACAAAAAACUUCAAUUGAGCUAUCCGACAACAACAACCUUCCAAUCCAGACCAAACAUGGUUGCUGUGAUGUUUGUUCACCUGAACACUUCAUCAUUGAGACCAUUAUGCUUGAGAAGCGUCCUGGUCUUACUCGCGGCCAUAAACGAAAACUGCCUACCUGGCUAG